AUGGCUUUUGGCGUCACCCAACCUGAAUUUUCCGAAGGCUGUGCCGUGGUCUUUGGUGGCUCCGGUGGCCUUGGCCGCGCAAGCGCUGGCCUGAUGGCGGAGCGCGGUUCCAACAUUGUUGUUACUUACAGGUCUCGCUCCGCUGAUGCUGAGUCCCUGGUGGAGGAAUUGCGCAAACUUGGUCGCAAGGCAAGCGCAAUAGCUUGCGAUGUCACUGAUCGCAAGGCAGUCGAGGCUGUCUUCAAGCAUGCUGUGGAAACAUAUAAGCGCGUACACACAAUAGUGUCUGCUGGCGGUCUCGUGUUUGAUACAGGCCCACUGGCGGAGUUCAAGGAAGAAUCUUUCCGCGGCGUCAUCGAAACCGAUGUCUAUGGCUUUUACAAUAUUGUACAGGUUGGCGUGCCAGUAUUGCGUGAGGGCAAGGGCGGCUCGUUUGUGGCACUGGUCACCAGCGCACUUGCCACCGAGGAGGCUGCUCACGGUAUCCGCGCCAAUGCCGUGGGACCUGGCGUUAUCAACGCCGGUAUGGUAGAGACGAUGAUGGAAACGCCGACGAGAGCGCUGCUGGAGGGCGCCACUGCGGUGACGCCGCUUAAGCGCUGGGGCGAGGCUGCUGAAAUCGCUGAGGCGGUCGCGUUCCUGGCCUCAUCAAAGGCGUCUUAUAUCACUGGCCAGAUCUUGAUGGUUGACGGCGGCCUCGCUGCUUAA